ACAACAGACGGAGCUCCUUUUAUCGCGAAAAAAAUCUGGUCUCUCAAGCCAAUCUAAUCAAAUGGAAGCCGAGCUGGUGCUUGCUUCAUCGCCGACCGACGCAGGCAUCAGCUGCUGGGACCUUCGUUCAGGCACCGAGCACCUCCGCUUUCGCUCUUGCUCUUCUCCUGCCCACGGUCUCACCUCCGUCGCCGGCCGCUUUCUUGCCUCUUCUCAGCUCCGUGAUUCCAAGUCCUCUUCCGGCUCCAUCCUCUACUGGUCCUGGAAUAAGCCUCAGCCGGAAGUCAAAAGCUUUCCUACCGAACCUAUCAAUGCUCUUGCUUCUAACUGUGAAGGCACUUACAUGGUUGGAGGCGGCGUUUCUGGAGAAAUAUAUUUAUGGGAGGCUGCAACUGGUAGAUUGCUAAAGAAGUGGCACGCUCAUUAUAGGGCAGUUACAUGCUUAGUGUUCUCUGAUGAUCAGUCCCUUUUGAUUUCUGGGGCAGAGGAUGGCUCUGUUCGUGUGUGGUCGCUCCUCAUGAUAUUUGAUGAUCAACGGAGGGAGGAAGCAAAAUAUCUGUACGAGUAUAGUUUCUCUGAGCAUACGUUAAAAGUCACUGAUGUUGCGGCUGGUUAUGGAGGAUGCAAUGCUAUUAUCGUGUCUUCUUCAGAGGAUAGGACUUGCAAGGUAUGGAGCUUAUCUAGGGGGAAACUGUUGCGGAAUAUUGUUUUCCCAUCAAUAAUUGAUGCAGUUGUAUUGGAUCCUGGUGAGCAUGUCUUCUAUGCUGGUGGAAGAGAUGGUAAAAUAUACAUUGCUGCACUUAAUGCUCAAGUCAACAGUAGCAGCAAUUAUGGGUUCCAUAUCAUUGGGUCAUUAAGUGAACACAAUAAAGCUAUAACUUGCUUAGGAUUGAGUAUGGAUGGAUACCUAUUGGUAUCUGGAUCGGAGGAUGGGAUGGUUCGAGUUUGGGACACUAGAACCCGGAACAUUUUUCGUGUCUUUCGACAUGCAAAAGGCCCUGUUAAUAAUGUCCUUGUCAUUAGACAGCCAUCACACUGCAAUCCACGGACAUCAAUGAAUUUCCAGGCUUUCUCAUCAAGAAGACAUGUGGUACUACCAUCACCGCUAGAGAAGUAUUCUAAUUCACAUGAUGACAAUAUCGACACCAAGGCUUGCAUCAAUUGCCAGACAUACAAUAACAUUGCAGAUGUUCCAUAUAUUAGUUUUCAAACCAUGCAGAAUCAAAUAAAAGAACUUCAGCAACAAGGUUCUUCUGCUGCUACUGAAAUGGAGAUGGAAAGGCUAAAGCUUGAGCGCAAAAGAUCCAUGCAAAUGGUCCAGCAAUGGAAGAAAAUGUAUGAAAAUUUACAUCAGUUCUGUGUAUCUGAGCUUUUGGAUGGAAAUGAGCAUGAGAGUGCCAGCAGACACAAUAUUCACUAACAGAUGAAUUUAGAGAUGGACUUGUAUUUUCAGUAGCUGCGAAGAUUAGGUCUGUAAAGUCUUUUAUGACUAUUUCUUCCACAUUGAUGUGAUAUGUCAUCUUGGAGUUGUCAAUUGCAUGAGCUUAACCAAGCAUUUUCUGUAGGACUUAAAAUUCAGAAGUCACUGCAAAAGGCCAUAAUUCAUGCAAUUCAUUCAUUGUCCAUGUUUUUCCUUUUCUUUCAGUAGGAAAGAGGAUGCAGGAAAUAAAAUCUGAAUACAUUGUUGGCAUGGUA